ACUCAGAGCUGCGUUCCCAUUGGCUGCGAUGGCGGAGGGUGAUGUCACCGGGCGGCCUAAGACUGGGGCUGGGCCCGGAACCGGAGCCAUUACUGCAGAAGGUCCCGCAGAGCUGAAUCGUCGACAUGUGUGACUUCACCGAAGACCAGACCGCGGAGUUCAAGGAGGCCUUCCAGCUGUUUGACCGGACAGGGGAUGGCAAGAUCCUGUACAGCCAGUGUGGGGACGUGAUGAGGGCCUUGGGCCAGAACCCCACCAACGCCGAAGUUCUCAAGGUCCUGGGGAACCCCAAAAGUGAUGAGAUGAACGUGAAGGUCCUGGACUUUGAGCACUUCCUGCCCAUGCUGCAGACUGUGGCUAAGAACAAGGACCAGGGUACCUACGAGGACUAUGUUGAAGGCCUCCGGGUGUUUGACAAGGAGGGGAAUGGCACCGUCAUGGGAGCUGAGAUCCGGCACGUUCUUGUCACACUGGGUGAGAAGAUGACAGAGGAAGAAGUAGAGAUGCUGGUGGCAGGGCACGAAGACAGCAAUGGUUGUAUCAACUAUGAAGAGCUCGUUCGUAUGGUGCUGAAUGGCUGAGGACACCCCCACUGCCCCAGAGCCCCCGGCCUCCUCCAUGAGACUAUGUAGGUAGCUCCAAAGGCUUCCUAAGGUUCUCUUGUCACAGCAGCUCCCAGGCUUGUCUCUCUUGGAUGAUAUUUGCCGUCAGCACUCACCAAAUAAAUUUGCUUUUUUGUGUCCCAA